UCCGUUAGGUUUCCUCUGUUUACUUCAUUUCUAAUGAUGAUGUGAGACCGAAACCGCUAGCUAGCUGGCCUAGCUAAAGUAAUGAAGAACCGGACUUGGCUUUUAGGUUUAUUAUCCACCACGUUUGCUGCUGGCAAAGCAACCUUAGCUAACGCCGCUGAUAGCAAAACGGUGUGGCCUGGAAUGGAGCCAGGGGACUUGCGAGAGAGCCCGGCCGGGUCCGGGGACUCAGACACGGGGGACUGGAGGGAGGAGGCUAUUCCUCGUGGGGACGAGGAGGGCAAAGCUGCCGAAACUAAUGGAACAGCACUAGAGACUGUGAUCAGGGACACCUGCGAGGAUGGUGAAAGUGAAAAACAAAAAGGAGUGGGAGAGCAAUUACACAGCCCCUAUGAGGAGGAACUGGACCCCAGAAUCCAGGAGGAGUUGGAGCAUCUCAAUGAAGCAAGUGCAGAAAUUAAUAGACUGGAGCUGCAGUUGGAUGAUGCCAGAUCAGGGUACCGGAAAAUUCUCACAGAGUCUGCCAGGAAGCUAAAUGCUCAUAGCUCUCAGCUUGGUGGCUGCAUAGAGAAAGCGAGACCCUACUAUGAAGCUCGUCGCCUUGCAAAAGAGGCACAGCAGGAGACCCAGAAGGCAGCGUUGAGCUAUGAGAGAGCGGUCUCCAUGCACACAGCUGCCAGGGAGAUGGUCUACGUGGCAGAGCAGGGCUUGAUGGCUGAUGGCAAGAACACCCUGGAUCCCACCUGGCAGGAGAUGCUCAACCACGCUACCUCUAAGGUGAACGAAGCCGAGGAGGAGCGACUCCGCAGUGAGAGGGAGCACAUGCGUGUCACACACGCCUGUCAGGAGGCAGAGGCUCGGGUCCAGACGCUGCAAAAGUCCCUCAAAAGAGUCAUUGUGAAAUCCAAACCUUACUUUGAGCUCAAGGCCCAGUUCAACCACAUUCUUGAGGAGAACAAGGCCAAAGUGCUGCAGCUGGAACAGCACGUAGCCAAAGUAAAAACCCGCUACUCCAUGGCCUUACGAAACUUGGAAAAAAUCAGUGAGCAGAUCCACGCUCUGAGGGGGAGGGACCAGGCCGAGGGAAGACGCACCACUGUCUGCGCUGGGCGGAGUCCCCCUGUUGGAGCCGAGUCCGAUAUCAAAGUUAAGAAAGAAGGUGGGGCAUGCGGCAGUGGUGCGACGGGGACGGAUCGAGUGGACGCAGCCAUCGACCUGGAGAAAUACAAGGAGAAGGAGAAUGAAAAGGAGCGGGAGCGAGCGGGGUCGGAUUCCCUUUCGGUCUUCAGCCUGCAGACCAUCGCUUCCGACUUGGAGAAAUAUGAUUCCAUUGAGCACCUCGGGGACCUCAGUGAUGUAGGGAGCGUGACUGGGGAUGAGGGGGAGAAAGAGAGAGGUGGAGUGAUGGAUAGAAGAGACAAGCUGGCGGAAACAGCUGCCAAAGAGCGCCAGCAGCAGUUCUACAAGCAGCACCACCGAAGCUUCAGUUUGUGAGGCUGUCAUAGAUGUAAAACGGCUAAAAAUACUGCAAAAGUACGAGUUAUCAUGAAAGUGCAAAUUAGGGUGAAUAUCCCUAACACACAGGUACCAACCAAAGUGUAAGACAGUGAAUUAGCUGCAAAUGUAAAACUGGAGUGAUGCAGUUCUAUGUGAAUGAUAUGAUGGUGUAAAUUAGCACACAUACUUUGACUGACAACACAUUAUCCUAAAGCUGACACUGAUCGAUAGUUAAUAUUGCAGCCUAGUUAGAACACUAAUAGAAUCUAAAGAGCUUUCAACCCUCCAGGACAAAGUAUGCUGUGUAUUCACUCCCUCUGAGGAAUUCUGGGUAGAAUUUGUUCCUUGUGCAUGAAGGAACAGCGAAGAUUGAUCAAAAGCCCUGAUUGAGCAGGCAUGUUUCAAAAAGUGUAAUUUCUUAGAGUCCCAGGCUAAUCGUUGAUCUAAUUUGGUGAGACGAGUGAAAACAAAACCCUCCGUUGUUACCUUUCCAGUCCUGUCGAGUCUUAUUAUACUUAUUAGCGACUGCUUCAAGGUAGAGGGGUCGCAGGGUCUCUCCAUACACACCGAGACCCAGACUCGUAACCACCCUCAUCAUGUUGGCGUGCAGGGAAAAAUGACAAAAACGGUUCUGUCAGUGCAGAGUGAAAGCAUGUUUGAAUUCACAUUUCGUAUAUUUAUUUACAGUAACAUGCUGCAAGCAGUGCUUUUGUUAUUUUUGGCACGAGAGAAUGCGUUUUUUGAAAAUUCCUGAAAUGAUUAAUGAAUGAAGUCUGAGGAUGAUAAAGACUCUUUACACUCCGACAGCAUGCACUCCUUGUUCGCUAUCUAAACUGACAUUUAUGACAUGUAUUCAGGGCUAUAUGCUGAAACAAAAACUGACAACAUUAAUGCUAAGAUGAUAAAGCUGCACCCAUGUUUUCUUUUCUGUCGCUAUGCUGUAGUCUUUUGGUGCAAAGGCCUUUUCCAAAUUUGUAUUAUUUGAAUAUUGUUUACAUUUGUAUAAGUGGUUUCCUCUUUUGAUUUCCUUUCAAAAAAAUAUUCGCCCUUCUAAUUUGAAGUGUGCCUUGACACAGAACAAGCAACACAUUUAGCAUGAGUAGCACUUUGUUGUAAACUCAUCUGUAGUUCUGUUUACAACCAUUUAAAGAACAAGUCUGUGCCCUUUUAUGAUACUUUAUUUUUGUUUAUUUUUAAUAAUCGAAGUCUCCCUGCCGAUGAGACUUGAAGAGUUAUAAUUUAUUUUUCUGUUUUGGUUUCUGUAUUUUGCUUUAAUGAUAUUGUACUUUGAUUGUCAAAGUGUACGAUGCAAAACGAUGAAGUCAAGAAAUGACUUGUAAAUGUAUGUAAUUAUUACAAAGCUGGAAGAUAUUGACUUGUACAGUUACAUGUGUUAACUGAUUUGAAUGUUUGACAUGUUUUGUUGUACAGAUGUUAUGAAUACUCACAGUUUGUCAUGUGUAUUUAAUCAUUGUCGCAGUUCACCUUCACUCCUGUCUUAAUAAUUAGUCUCCACCGUUUUAAUGGCAUUUGUGAAUUAGUCCGAAUGCUAUCCAAUGUAUGUCAUAUCUAUAAUCAAUAAACCAGAUCAUACUUCUUG